AUGGCCCAACCCGAUAUACCAGAGACGCACAAAGCAAUUGUAUACGAUGAUCCUGGAAAGAUUUCCACCAAAAUCGUACAAGUCAAAACCCCCGAGCCCGGACCCGGAGAGGUUUUGAUCCGCAUAACACAUUCCGGUGUCUGCCAUUCUGACUUGAGUUUGAUGCUAAACCAGUGGGACUUUUUGGAUGAAAAGGUCCAACCAGGUCAAGUGGGUGGUCACGAAGGUAUUGGAAAUAUCGUCAAGAUCGGCGCAUACUGCGAACAAACGGACCUGAGCAUUGGCGACCGAGUUGGGAUCAAAUGGACUGCUUACACCUGCGGUACGUGCGCGCCAUGCCUCGCUGGAGCGGACGGAAUCUGUGAGAAGCAAAAAGUCUCGGGCUUUUCUUGCCCGGGAACAUUCCAGGAGUAUGUCAUUAGUUGGGCUCAUUAUGUCACCCGGAUCCCCGGGGGUCUCCCUAGCGAUAUCGCGGCGCCGCUGUUGUGCGGCGGCGUCACCGUCUACGCCGCCUUGAAGAAGAGUAGGGCCAGUCCGGGGGAUUGGGUUGUCAUAGCAGGCGGUGGUGGCGGUCUUGGUCAUCUAGCCGUGCAGUUGGCAAGCAGAGGAAUGGGAUACCGGGUUAUUGGGCUGGAUGUCAGUUCAAAGGAAGAGCUAGUGAAAAGCUGUGGCGCAGAGAUCUUUCUUGACAUUCUAUCAUUUCCGCAAGAUGAUGGUGGAGACUCUCUGGCCACCGAGGUCAAAAAGCACACCGGAGGCAAAGGCGCUUCGGCCGUGGUAGUGUGCAGUGGCAGCAAUGCGGCAUAUGCUCAGGGCCUCAAGUUUCUCAAGUUUAACGGCACGCUGGUAUGCGUGGGUGUGCCACGGGGACGGCCAGUCCCUGUUGCUCAUGCGUAUCCUCACUAUAUGGUGGCCCAGCAGCUGGCGCUGGUGGGGAGCACAGUGGGCAAUCGGAAGGAUGCUAUCGAAGUGUUGGACAUGGCGAGUCGUGGUGUUGUGACUACGCAUGUGCAGACCGCCGCAAUGGACAAUCUUCCCCGCUUCUUUGGCCAGAUGGAAGGUGGAACGCUCCACGGGCGAGGCGUAAUUACAAUGAGUUGA